UGCCCUACUUCCGCCGCCGACAGGAAGUUCCGGGAGCAGCUGUCAAGAGAGAGCGGGCGUCAUGGCCCGCAAUGUCCUGUACCCCCUGUACCAGGCAGGAAACCCCCAGCUGCGCAUCUUCCGCACCAAUUUCUUCAUCCAGCUGGUGAGGCCCGGGACGGCACAGCCGGAGGACACCGUGCAAUUCCGAAUCCCGAUGGAAAUGACCAGAAUUGACCUCAAGAAUUAUCUGCAGAACAUCUAUAACGUGCCUGUGGCUGCCGUGAGAACCAGGAUCCAGCAUGGUUCCAACAAGAAGAGGGAUCACAGGAAUGUGCGCAUAAAGCAGCCUGAUUACAAGGUUGCUUAUGUCCAGCUGGCUCACGGACAGAUCUUCAAGUUCCCAGAUCUGUUUCCCGAGAAAGAGCGGAGCACUGAAGCUGGCUCCAUCGAUGAUAUCCAAAAUCAGUUUGUGGAGGAUGAAAGGCAGAGGCAGAAAGGCGACCCCCGGCGUGGGGGGGUCCCUGACUGGUUCGGCUUGUGACGGGGCUGCCCCGGGCCAGGCGGCGGGAGGAACACUUUGAACAAGGCACAAUUAAAGUUUGGCUUUCUGGAAAAGGAAAA